UUUUAUUUGAAAACCUGAAAGGCGAAAACCGGAACGAGGUGCGCGGGAAUCCCAUUCUUCGAUUUUGCUCUCAAGCUCGAGCGCUCAAAAAAUGCAGAUUUCUUCGCUACAGCAGCUUUGUCUUCAUUUAAUUUCUUGUGCGUUUCAAAGAUGCCGCUUAUCUGAAGAUCUGUGCAGACUUUCAGUCGUUCUCAAACCAUCUCCGGCUUCCGAUCCCCCCGUUGUUGGGAUUUCAAUAUCAGAUACUGGCAUUGGAAGCUGCUUGGAGGAGAUUCGGGACCUGAGGUGGGAAGGUGUGGAAAAUUGGGAUGGAAUACUAUCUAUCAGAACUACUGGCAUAUGUGAUACUGAGAUAUAUAAUUAUCAUUUACAUAUAAGAGAAAAAAAUUUGAACAAGAGGCUGACUAUACUACCCUCAAACCCUAAGAGUGGUGCAAAAUUCAGCGGAAGUGAAGUAUAUCUCUCCAUUUCCGAAAGCAUCAAUGCUUUAUUGGGUGAGUUUAAAAACUUCUUUGAAAAGAUUCUCAUUCUAAAAAUCCCUAACGUGGCAUGCGAACUGGUGGUUGAACAUGGGGAUACUCCUGGGUCACGCUAUGAAAAUGUUUUUCUUGCAAAUGAGCUCAAUCCUUUGCCAUUUUCAACCUCGAAUGUUGUACGCUUGAAGUCAGGCCUUUUAGAUUAUGUUAUGAAGCACAAAUGUCGUUUGAAUGAAAGUGAGCAUCUCAAGGUUGGAAGUGGAAUGGCUAGCUGCACUGGAAGGCGUAGUAAUUCUGGACUGAUAAUGGAAGCAGUGGUUGUGAUAGGGGAACAAUCAGAAUUCACCAGUCUUUGCUCUAGUACAGGCGGGGCCAAAACAGAGGUUUUGUAUUUUGAAGAAUUUUCACCUUCUUCAAUCACCCAGUCAUUUUGUAAUGCAUUUAAUGGCAUUGACUGGAAAAGUUAUGGAUUAACUUUGGACAGUGCUGUGAAUCAAGGUGGUCAAGGACAACUCGAAUGGGACAACUUACCGUCACUUUUUCAUAUAGAUAUUGCCCUACAUUGUUACCAUGAGCAGGCCGUGAUACCACCGGUAUGGAAAAAGAUCCAGAAUAAUAAGAGUUUGAUCAAAAAGGCAGUUAAACUUGCACUGGAUGAUUUGAAGGAGAAUCAUGCUGGAGUUCUUUCGAGUCGACAUGCCCUAAAGAUUCGCAGUUAUGCUCCUGAUCUUGCUAGAACAAUUUCUGGGUUGAUCUCGUCAUCCAAUGAUCCAGACUUUCAAGCAGAAUGCCUUUCUCUUCUUGGCUUGCAAUAUCAAGAAAUUGGUGGUGUAACCGUAGAAAAUUGUAUCAAGGAAAAGAUAUGUUCAGUCAUUGAUAUGAAUGAUGGGAAGCCCCAGAGGAGCAAAGAUUCAGCACCAUUUCUGUUUGAAGAUGACUGCCUUGAGGAAGUGGAUUUCCAGGACUAUGAAUAUGAAGAAGAUUGAAUUUUUGAAGGACGAAGAGUAGCCUAACAAUGCUCACUAAAGGAAGCAAAAUUCAUCCUGUUCAUGCUUGUUGGCACAAGUCAGGUGGCAAAGUAUAUAACUCCUACGGGCUACAAGGUCCUUUUCACAAAACAAAACUCGAUGGCUGGUCCAUUUGGGAAUCUAAUCGCUCAAUAAUCAUCCAAUAAAGGUGGACGUAUUGUCUGUUUUCACAGAUUGCCCAGAUCAGUUCUAUUGCCCGUCAAAAUGCUGCCACGUGUCUUUAGAUGCCGUUCAGAGAACAUGCAAUAAGAGAAAAAAACAAAAAGGAAGAAAAAGAAAUACUUGAUUUUCCAUUGUUUAUAUAUAUAUGUAUAUAUAAUCUCCAAAGCAGAAGAUUUACAUUUUGCUCCUUCUAGGUUUAUUUGGGUUACAUCAGUAUAUAGGCAUUAUGUAUUGAUUAUUCCCAUAACAAACAAGAUUAUGGCCCUUUAGUAGCCUAAAUAGGAUACACACACUAUUAGAUA